AUGGAGGGGUACUACGAGCGCGACGGCACCUUGAAGACGACGGCCUACAUCUGCCCGGCGAGCGGCGUCAAGUUCAAGACGAUGAAGGAGGUGCUGGACUACUGCUUCUCCGACGGGAUGGAGCGUGCCAUCGCCGCAAAAGAGACGCUCCAGGACAAGACCACCCUGCAGGGAAAGUACGCGUGGCUCAGGCAGAAGCACGGGUGGGUGCUCGAGAUCAGGGCCGGGGGUGAGAACUUCAGCAAAAUGUUCAAGUUUUACGCUAACCUAUCUGUCGGGGUGCGACUCGUAUAUAAAAAUGACGUACUGCGCUACAUAGAUGAGGCCGAGCUCUCUGAAUGCGAUUUUGAAGAUUGUGACAUAGGCAACGAAGAUAAUGUAAGGAUCAGCAUGCUUAAACUAUUCUAUUAA